GUGUGUCUCUGUCUGUGUGUCUCUCUCUGUGCUGCUGCUGCUAACGUUGGAGGCUCCUGCAGAGAGAGACCUACAGAUAAGGGUGGUGGUGGGAGAUGACGACACAGAGGCCACGUGGUCUAAUGGAGGCUUUAGCUGCUCUAGGAGAGAGACCGGGAGAGAGAUCGCCGCAGGAUCUGCGUCAGCGGUUCCAAGUCUCUGCUGCUGCUGCUGCUGCUGCGAUUUGCUUGCCACAGGAGGAGAAGAAUGCGCGCAGGGAGUCGUGGUGGCUUCAGGUGAAGGUGGAGAGAGAAGACAGCGAGGAUGGUCGCGAAGCCGACGCCAUCGUCAAAGAAGAGUUCCCGCCCGGCGAGAUAUCGAGCGUCUUCCCUUCCCCGCUCCCCCCGGCGGCGGCUGCCGAUCGCCGCCCCUUCAAGCACGAGUUCCCGCCCGGCGAGCCAUCGAGCGUCUUCCCUUCCCCGCUCCCCCCGGCGGCGGCCGAGGUCGAGGUGGUCCUGGAGGAGGCCGACCGCGGCGGAGGCCGGCAGGCGGCCGGGGGCGGCCGCCGGAAGGCCCCGAGGGCCAAGGGCUACCCCUGCCCCGAGUGCGUCGGCGCCUUCACGUGCCCAUCGGCGCUGAGGACCCACGCCCUCACCCACACGGGCGAGAGGCCGCACGCCUGCGGCGCGUGCGGCGCCGGAUUCGCCCGCCCCUCGGCCCUCAAGAGGCACAUGAUGUCGAGGCACGGCACGGCCCCGGCCAGGCCUCCGAGGCCUCGCCCGGGGGCCCUCGAGAGCGGCCGCUUGCCGGCGGCGGCGGCGGAGCGCGGCACCGCCGCCGAGGAAGACGAGGAGGACGAGGGGGACGAGGAGGACGAGGAGGAGGAGGAGGACGAGGAGGAGGAGGAGGAGGAGCCUCCGUCCGUGGAGUGCCCUGCCUGCGGCAAGGCCUUCCGCCAGCCGUCGGCGCUGAGCGUCCACCUCAGGACGCACUCGGGCGAGGGGGGCCGGGCCCACCGCUGCGUGGCGUGCAGCCGGGACUUUGUGAGCGUGUCGGCGUUCAAGGACCACGCCCUGACCCACGGCGGCCGCCGGCUGCACCGGUGCCCGCUGUGCUCCAAGAACUUUGCCAGGCCGUCGGCGUGCGCCCGCCACCUGGCCACGCACGACGCCGGGAGGCCGCACAAGUGCUUCGUGUGCGGCGGGAAUUUCGCCGACCCGUCGAACCUCGACCUGCACGUGAGGUGCCUCCGGCACUACAGGUCGUAGGCCUGGACGUUGAGGCGCCUGAGGCACUACAAGUCCUAGGCCUGGACAUUGAAGUGCCUGAAACACUACAGGUGCUAGGCCUGGACGUUGAGGUGCCUGAGACACUACAGGUGCUAGGCCUGGACGUUGAGGUGCCUGAGACACUACAAGUCCUAGGCCUGGACAUUGAGGUGCCUCUGGCACUACAAGUCCUAGGCCUGGACUGCCUGAGGCACUACAGGUCGUAGGCCUGGACAUUGAGGUGCCUGAGACACUACAAGUCCUAGGCCUGGACUGCCUGAGACACUACAGGUCCUAGGCCUGGACAUUGAGGUGCCUGAGACACUACAGGUCCUAGACCUGGACAUUGAGGUGCCUGAGGCACUACAGGUCCUAGGCCUGGACUGCCUGAGGCACUACAGGUCCUGGGCCUGGACAUUGAGGUGCCUGAGGCACUACAAGUCCUAGGCCUGGACGUUGAGGCGCCUGAGGCACUACAAGUCCUAGGCCUGGACAUUGAGGUGCCUGAGGCACUACAAGUCCUAGGCCUGGACAUUGAAGUGCCUGAAACACUACAGGUGCUAGGCCUGGACGUUGAGGUGCCUGAGACACUACAGGUGCUAGGCCUGGACGUUGAGGUGCCUGAGACACUACAAGUCGUAGGCCUGGACAUUGAGGUGCCUGAGGUACUACAGGUGCUAGACCUGCACGUCAGGCGCCUGAGGCACUACAAUUCACACAACCUCACACACACUCACACAACAACAACAACCGCCAUUCGCCACUAAGUGGUGGUGAUGUUACCACGACGCUUGUGCCAGGCCAUCUACACCUUGAGGCCACGUGAAGUGUCGAA